AUGACAGCCGUUAUGACCGCUAUUCCCGUCGAUAAGCCUGAGUCGAAAUUUUUAUUCGGGUUUGGUUUUGGGGGUUUCAAUCCAUUCCCUUUCUUUGGAUACCCGUAUUUCCCGCAAUCAACCCCUGAACUGGUUUCGUGGCCAAUCAACAUGAUGGGGCUCAAUGGCACUGUACUGGCUAACAGUACCGCACCUAUCAAUGCCACGGCACCGGCAGUACCAACUAAUCCCAUAUCAUCAGCCUUGAAAAUUGAGCCAGCUAGCUUAAUAUAA